AUGUCCAAUUACACUCGUUUGACUCGAGCUUCGACUGCAAUUGUUAGCCCUUCCUUCAUUAUUCGGCUGGCCUUACGGUUGUCGUUCCCAUUUACGUCCCACCGAGGGCGAGGCUUUGCGAUGUUUAAUCAAGCGGUCCGCAACCAUACUGCUCCUGCGAGAACUCUUUUUCCAAAGGCUGCUCCUCCGAACAGAGCUGCCCCUGUUUCUUCUAGUCAAACUGCUGGGAUAAAACGAAAGUUGGAUGCUGUCCAGCCCGCUCCGGAAACCCCCUUAGCGGUACUUCAUAGCAACGUGUACUUUGAUGAGAAUGAUUUCGACGAUGAUAUUGAUCUAGACGAGCCUACCAGCUUUUCAAUAAACCUGACUCAAUCGCAGUCGUUCGCUUCCUCUCGGAUUCAACCACCUGAACUCCCUCCCCCCCCCGAACAGCCGGCACCGCCAAGUGAUAAUGCUCCUCCAAGCACUCUUCCACUUCCGUGGUCAUCUUCCCCCCCUACAAAUUUACUUCCUCCAGCAAAACGGCGUACUUUACCAUGGGAAGCCAAUGAAAACCCUGAACCGGAAAACAGGCCUCGAACGAAACCUGCACCAAGAUCUGUUAUCCGCACUCCAGCUCCUAAUAAACCGUCAUCCUUACCAUGGGAUAAGACUAUGAGUGCUGUGAAGGAGGAGCAGAAAGAACUGCGAAAACAACAGAAGAUACGUGUGAGCUCCGAGAAAAACCAGCAGCACCUAGGCACAAGAGCUCCAAAAGUCGCGUCUAUCUUUCUAAGCGAAGAACAAAAAAGAGUAGUAGAAGCCAUCGUUAAAGAUGGCAAGAGUAUAUUCUUUACAGGUUCUGCUGGGACUGGUAAAUCAGUUCUCAUGAGAGAGAUCAUCAGACAACUACGGCUAAGAUAUAAAAGAGAGCCUGACCGUGUUGCUGUCACUGCGUCAACCGGACUUGCAGCGUGUAACAUUGAAGGUGUCACACUUCAUAGCUUUGCCGGGAUUGGAUUAGGAAAGGAGCCUGUAGCAGACCUUGUAAAAAAGGUGAAACGAAACCAGAAGAACAGGACCCGGUGGUUGAGGACUAAAGUUCUCAUCAUUGAUGAGAUUUCGAUGGUUGACGGUGACUUGUUUGACAAACUUGAGGAGAUUGCUCGCAAGAUCAGGAAUAACGGUCGCCCAUUCGGAGGCAUUCAGUUGGUUGUUACUGGUGACUUUUUUCAACUGCCCCCGGUGCCAGAUUCAACCAAAGUGGCGAAGUUUGCUUUUUCAGCCUCCACCUGGAACACCACUAUCCAGCACACAAUUCUUUUGACCCACGUCUUUAGGCAAAAGGAUCCCAAAUUCGCUGCUAUGCUGAAUGAGAUGAGAUUGGGGAAAUUGAGCACCGAGACGAUUGUAGCCUUCAAAGAGUUAGCUCGCCCCCUAGUCGAUGAUACACUAGAAGCAACAGAACUAUUUCCCACCCGAUCAGAGGUCGAAAAUGCCAACUCUGCGAGAAUGAGCAGGCUAUCUGGUGAGACGAUGGUGUUCACAGCUGUCGAUGGCGGAACAAUGCAAAACGAAGCGCAACGUUCACAGCUCUUGGCUGACUGUGUCGCACCCACCAUUCAACUUAAGAAGGGAGCUCAGGUCAUGCUUAUCAAAAAUAUGGACGAAUCCCUUGUAAAUGGGUCAUUGGGGAAAGUGGUUGCCUUCAUGGAUGAAGCUAAGUUCGACUAUUACUGCAAACACGACGCAAAUUUUGAUGGCGGUUCGGCAAACGAUGAUCCCAAUGAACGAACAAUCAACAAAUUGAAAUCUUAUGAGAAUGCAACAGGGAGUGUCAGCACGAGGGGCAUCUGGCCGGUUGUUAGUUUCGUCCAGCCAGAUGGAACGGAGAGACACCUGCUUUGCCAACCAGAGACGUGGAAAAUUGAGCUGCCAAAUGGUGAAGUAAGAGCGCAACGAACGCAGAUUCCGCUCAUACUUGCAUGGGCACUCUCUAUUCAUAAGGCACAAGGUCAGACUCUACAGCGAGUUAAAGUUGACCUUGGACGGGUUUUCGAGAGAGGACAAGCCUAUGUUGCGCUUAGUCGGGCGACCUCUAAGGAUGGCUUGCAGGUUUCCAACUUUGAUCCCCGUCGAGUCAUGGUUCACCCUAAAGUCUUAGAAUUUUAUUCCAAUUUAUCUAGCAUACAUAGCAUCACAGACGCAACCAAUACCAAUGCCAAUGCCAACUCCGUUGCGGACGGGAAUGCCAGCGCCGUUGGCACUACCAGCACCACCAGCACAAGCACCAGUACGAACGCAAAUACCAACGCUACUGCCAAACAGAGCCGUGACCAAGCCAUGACUGUCAAGCGAACAGGUACAGAUUACAUGGAUGAAUGGGACGAUGAGGUGCUUCAGAGCAUAUAUGCAUGA